CGGUUCUAUUUGAAUGUCGCUAGUCUUGGCUUUAGCAGUCAGGCUAUCCUGUAACUUGUAUGUUAUAAAUAUUUUCUGGAGGUUGUUGUAAGAGGUUGUUUACUGUUGCUUAUUUAGGCGUAUAGGUGUCUUCUCCUAUUCUCUUCUUUGACUUAAAUUUACUGAGUUGGUUCUUUGUUUCCUUUUGAGACAUGCUGCGCGUGAGGUCGGCACUCUGUGGGUCCUGGAGGGGGUUCAAGACCUUCCCUUGUGCAGCUGUGGAGGUUAAGAAUGAACCUAUCUUGGCGUUUGAAAAGGGAAGCAAAGAACGAGUAGAGCUAGAGAAGGCGCUACAAGACCUGAAAGGAAAGACGGAGGAGAUUCCGUGUGUGAUCGGAGACGAACAGAUAUGGACCAAAGAGAUCAGAUACCAGCUAUCUCCCUUUAAUCAUGCACACAAAGUGGCCAAGUUCUGUUACGCUGAUAAGGAGCUACUAAACAAAGCCAUCCUGGCUUCUGUGGCAGCGAGGAGAGAAUGGGACCUCAAACCUGUAGCAGACAGAGCCCAAAUCUUCUUCAAGGCUGCUGAUGUAAUCAGUGGACCGAAGAGAGCAGAGGUUCUGGCCAAGACCAUGAUUGGCCAGGGUAAGACCGUCGUGCAAGCUGAGAUCGACGCUGCAGCCGAGCUCAUUGACUUCUUCCGGUUCAAUGCCAAGCACGCAGUAGAGCUGGUACAGCAGCAGCCUCUGGACAGUGAUGGCAGCACCAACACCAUGCUGUACCGUGGGCUUGAGGGCUUUGUAGCUGCUGUGGCUCCUUUCAAUUUCACUGCCAUUGGUGGAAACUUGGCUGGUACGCCAGCUAUAAUGGGUAACGUGGUGCUGUGGAAACCCAGUGACACGGCUUUGUCUGCCAGCUAUGCAGUCUAUAAGAUUCUGCGCGAGUCCGGCUUGCCACCCAACAUCAUCCAGUUCGUUCCAGCUGAUGGGCCAGUUUUCGGCGACACGGUCACUUCUUCUGAGCACUUGGCUGGAAUCAACUUCACUGGCAGUGUCUCAACAUUUAAGCGCUUGUGGAAACAAGUGGCACAGAAUCUGGACAUUUACAGAAACUUCCCUCGUGUUGCCGGAGAAUGCGGUGGCAAGAACUUCCAUUUCGUGCACAAGUCAGCUGACGUCGGCAGCGUGGUGACUGGCACCAUCCGCUCAGCAUUUGAGUACGGAGGGCAGAAAUGCUCAGCUUGCUCCAGGAUGUAUGUCCCAGACUCACUCUGGCCUGAGAUUAAACAAGAGCUUCUGGCUGUGCACAAACAGAUCAAAGUGGGAGAUCCUGUCAAGGAUUUUGGCACAUUUUUCUCUGCCGUUAUCGAUGACAAGUCCUUUGGAAGGAUCAAAGGCUGGCUGGAACAUGCCAAGUCAUCUCCCAACCUUACUGUGAUCGCUGGAGGAAAAUGUGAUGACAAAAAAGGAUAUUUUGUGGAGCCGACAAUUAUUGAAACCAAAGACCCUCAGGAUAAAAUAAUGAAUGAGGAGAUCUUUGGACCAGUUUUGACUGUCUACGUCUAUCCAGAGAAUGACUACAAGAAAGUGCUGGAGUUGAUCGAUAACACGUCCCCGUAUGCGCUAACAGGGGCUGUCUUUGCUCAAGAUGAGGCUGUCGUAGACGAGGCGGCAAAAGCACUGAGAAAUGCAGCAGGAAAUUAUUACGUUAAUGACAAAUCGACAGGUUCGAUUGUGGCCCAGCAGCCAUUUGGAGGCUCCAGAGCAUCAGGUACCAACGACAAGCCCGGCGGCCCACACUAUGUCCUCAGAUGGACCUCACCACAGGUUGUAAAGGAGACCCAUGUUCCGCUCAGAGACUGGAAAUACGCCUACAUGGACUGAGAUCUUUCCUGUUCCAUCCACAAAAUCACACGUAUAUACAGACUACGCUAAUGAUGACUAUCCCUCUUGAUUUAACAUUUAUCGUUCCCAGAGUGGCCUUUUUAAAGUUUCUGGUUUGCACAAAACCAAGAUUCUUGAUGGAACGGUGUCUCCUUGUGAUGCUGCUCUGGGCUAAACAUGCAAAACUACUGAAACAGCCCUUAGAUAUGUGAACACAGUUAGGAGAACUGCAUGAAAGCUGCCUCCAGUUAUUUCCCAGCCCAGACAAACAUCAUGAACAAGUUGUAAUAGUGUUGAUUAAAGCAAGAGGAUCAGAGUUGCACUGAUAAUUUCUGUUACUGUCAUUUAAAAACAAUCCUCACAUGGGCGUUUACCACAGCUAUUAAUGUGUAAAAUUUGUUACAGUAGUGUAAAUACAGAUUGAGUUACAUUACCAGAUAAUGGUCUACCUUUUUGUCUGAUUCUAAACUUGAGUUAUAUGCUGUAAUUGAUUAUAAAUACAAACACGUGUUAAUAUAUAAUUAAAAACAGAAUAAUAUGAUGCUGCUUAGUACCAUAAUAGUCUAACAGAUGGAUAUGAGGCAAUUGGCUCUGGGCUUUUAGUAUCUUUUGACCUUAACUCGACAGUAAUGGAGUCUCCAGCAGUUCAAUUAUAAAUUUUAACUUCCUGUUCAACUUUAGUGGAUAUUUUGUUGUUAAAUCACAACACAGUAUCAUACCGAUCAUAUUUAAUGAUGUUAGUGAAACAAGGGAAUCUGGACCUGCGACUCAAUAAAUGAAUUGAUGAAUG